AUGUCGACGACGCCGGCGGAGGCUAGUGUUGUGGCCAUAACGGAGCGCUGGGCAGAUAUGGCGUUGGGGGAGGAUGACUUUACGUUCGAACCGGCGCCGAACGAUGUACAGACGGACGACAGUGACACCGAAGGAACAUGGCAGCUAGUUGGCCGCUUCUUGACGCGCAAGAUGGUGAAGAUUGAGUUUAUGAGUCAGGUUUUGGCGUCGGUUUGGCAACCGGUCAAGGGCAUGCAGGUUACGGAGGUACAACCCCGGUUCUUUAUGUUUUUUUUCCACCAUAGGACAGACAUAAAACGUGUGAUGGAGCGUCCGUGGGCAUAUGACAACGCCACACUGGUUUGCCGACAGCUCACGGACGAAAUGUUGCCGGGCGAUGUAAGUUUGGAUACUCUUGACAUGUGGGUUCAGGUUCAUGCCUUGCCGAUGGGAUAUACGUCGGACAAGAUAUUGGAGCAGAUUGGGAACACCUUAGGUUCGUUUAUUAAGGUGGAUGACAGGUUUGUGAAUGCCCCGUGGAAGGAGUUUUAUCGUAUUCGAGUGGCAAUUCCAAUUGACCAACCCUUGCGCCGAAGAAUGAGGUUUAUGAAGCGGGAUAAAUCGACAUGUUGGGUAGGGUUCAAGUAUGAACGACUGCAUAACUUUUGUUUCUUCUGUGGUAAGCUUGGCCAUCUCUAUAAAUUCUGCUUACAAGCACAGGAGUCUACUUUGGGUGUCGAGGACUAUUCGUACUCUGCGGAGAUGCGUGCGGGUUUCCGCCGUGGACCAAGUGCAGUGGGGGAAAGCUGGUUGAUACCGCCCGAAGGGCAGCCGAGGGUGGUAACCGGGGAGAAGGGAGCUGGGGUGGUGCCGGAUACGGGACCGGCGGUCGUGGGGGAUGUCUGGGGGGACACUAAUAACCCGAUGGUGGCGGUAGCAAAGAGACGGCGGGAGGAGUUGCUGUGUGGUAGGAGAACGGAAAGGCAAGGGGAGGAUAAUACAAUGACCGAGGUUCCAAAAAACUUGUUUACGACGGGUUCUGUCUCCCAGACCCGCCCCUCAUUAUGA